AUGGUACCACAUAGUUAUGGUACACCAACAAUGAAACCUGCAUUCAUGGAAUUUAUAGAACAACAACAACAACAAGCGCAACCUCAACAAGGUCAACGAGAACAACAAGAACAACAAGAUGAGGAGGACGAAGAUUAUGAAGAUGAGGACGAUGAUGAUAUGGAUAUGCAAAGUUAUGAAGAGUACUCUGAUGCAGUGAUGGAGAUGGUGGACGAUGACUCUUUUGGUGAGAGUAGUGAUGAUUAUCAAGAGAUUGACGUGCAGUACAUGGAGAAUGAUGAUGAUGACGUAUUGCAUGGUAUAGGACCAGAGCACACUGAUGCCACGCGUCGUGAUCCCGCGACAUCAGCCGCACUUAGGAGGAAUAUCGAGAAUGUGUUCAAGACGAUCGCCACGCCCUUUGUCAGGAAGCGUGUGCAUGACCUAAUCGAUAAGCUGCAGCCUCUUGGACAUGCCGACUUUACAUUCGAGUCAUACCGCAAUGUACUUUGUCACGAGUUCACCUCUGACGACCUCGACCUCAUCGCUAAGAAGUUCGCUUCACUCGACCGUCCCCUCCUCCAACUAGUUGGUCGCGACAAGUACAAGUUCCCAUUUUGUCAACAAGAAUGGAGCCAGAACACAUGGUUCUUUAGAUGCAAGGAUUGCGCUGUGACGGAUACAUCAUGUGUGUGCAUGGAAUGCUUCAAGAAUGGAUGUCACAUACAUGAGGGACACUCUUAUAUGCCCGAGGAGAGCAAUCAGGGAGGCUGCUGCGAUUGUGGCAAUCCCGACAGCUGGAAGUCGUCAGGCUUCUGCACCAAUCACUUCUUGCCGAACAACACGAUACAUCCAUCCAGUCUGCUGGACCCUCACUUGAAGAAGUGUCUGCAUCUCAUUCUGCGAUUGAUCACGCAGCACAUGAUCGACCUGAUCAAGCUGCCCGCGCUCAGCCAGCAGCAGAUCGUCCAACUUCAAUCGAUAACAGCGUGGUUGGAGAACCUAAGUCGCGAGUCAUACCCAAUGUCGUCGAUAUUGUCUGAGGAGUUUGCCCAGCGCUCUCUGGACCCGACGACCUUUGACCUGCACAAUCCAGUACCGCUGCCCUACACGACACAGGAAGAGGGCGAGUCCAAGGAGAGCUUCUUGCCCAGCGCCUAUGCAGACAGUCCAGCGCGCAUCUGUCUGCAGGAGAUCCUUCUGAAACCUGGCAUCCUUAACUACAUCAAGACGUUGUUCUUUGUGCUCAUUGGUAACCGAUCGUACAAGAUGGCAUUCUGCAAUGAGUUCCUGGACUACUACCCCGAGCUGUCCUUCCAGGAUGACGAAGAGGAGCUUGCCAUCGUCGCCUCAAUAGCGUGUCAAAUGUUUGAAAUACCCUCCAUCAUCAUCCCCUUCUGCACUGGCUACACCAGGAAGAACCUUCUUAGUGAGAUCAUCUCUGUAUAUAAAACACUACUGCAGGACAAGGAGAACUACGACUUUGAUGACCCUACUCAACGUGAGCUGUUCAAUCAGCAACUGCAUUUACAUCAAGAGUUCUAUUAUACAACGGCAUACUUCAAGCAUGUACCCAUCUGCGAGUACAUCUAUAACAAUGACCAUCUCAUACUUGAGAUGUUCUCCAUACUCGAUGACAUCCAGGAGUUUGUUCCAUUCAAGCGAUUACUUGUGGAGCCACUGCCAUUUGAACUGCCCAUCAUUGGCAACGUCGUCUCAAUGGAGAUACAAGCCUACCAAGGCAUGAGCAACCUAUUCCAAACAUUACACGCCAACAACAAAUCAACACUCAAGUAUGUUAGUCUCAUACUUAAGAAUGUUAAACCAGGCAACAACAACUUUACACAUAAUGGCUUUGUGUUGCCAUCGAGCGACAUCUUCCAUGCGAUCGACUCAGUGUCAUUGCACUACCCACUGAACCGCGUGUUUGGUAUAUUUGCACUGCACGCAUUGCAUCACGCGAAGGACUACUCACUGGCUGGCAUGCGAUCACUCAUCACAAUGGAGCAGCUACUGUACAUUGCCAAUGGCGCCAUCAAGCCCAGUGUGCUGCUGUCGCAGUACAAAUGCUCGCUCUGGGAAAAGAACAUGAACAUUGGCGAAUAUCAAUCAUACUACACAUGGUCGCUGAUGUGGAUCGACCUGUUCACCGUCCAGUACGCCUCAAUCCUCAUGGGCUCUGAGUACUUUAUCAACUUUUUAAUCAGCAGCUUCACAUCCAACUUCAAACAGACGAACGACAACCCUAGCGCAUUGGCCGAGCUACUGCGGUACAUUAUAAUCAUUCUCCAGCUGCGAGUCACACCAAAGUUCAGCCAAGAGGAAGCUCGCUAUCAUAUUGUGCAGGGCCUGAUUGGCAAAUAUAACACUCACUCGCUUCUCAGCUCGUUUAGACGCGAGUUCACAUUUAUCAACAUUGACGACACGAUCGAGGAGGUCGCGCAGCCACAGAACAACACCAACAAGCUGACACUGAAACAGAAGUAUUGGGACCGCUUCGACUACUAUUAUCCCUAUCACUAUGGCAAUGGUGAUGGCCCCACCGACCUCUCGCUCAACAGCUACCACGAGAACCUCAAGCGCAACAAGUACCCAAUCGACUCGUUCCCCCUGCCCGCCGUGCUCGAGCCACUCCAUGCCAACCUGGCGGGCGUCAACGAUCUGUUUGACGAGCCGAUGCUCUACCACCUGGGCUUCAGUGUACUGCUGAGGUUCAUCCAUCCAGACCUGCGCAACAAGACCGACUUCCCGCUGGCCACCUAUCUCACGACGAGUCUGGUCCAAUCGGCGGUGGACCUAGAGGCGCCAAUGAACCACGUGCUCUAUAUGCUCGUGAUGGCUCUGCGACACUUCAAGCAGUCGUUCGACUCGAUGCCUGAGCGCGAUCAGGCAGCCAUCCACGAGAGGAUCGACCUAUGGAUCAACAAGGGCGAGUUCAAGGAGUUGGAUCAGGCCAGCAAGAAGAACAUCUCGAUACUUAACAUGCUCCGUCCUUACUCUGUGGUGGACGCCAACGAUCACAACAUGACACUGCGACGUAUCAAUCUGCUCGACCUCGUCUCGGACCUUCUGCAGACUAUCGACAAGGAGGGCCUGCACCUUGACAAGAAGGGCCUGGUCACCAAGCUGCUGAUCCUUAUCAAUGAGUUUGAUCCCAACCUCUCAAAGUACUUCCACAACCGUCGUCUGGGCAUUGAGGACAUUGCCAACAAGCAGAUCGAGAAGGAGGCCCAGAUCAAGAAGGAGGAGGCGCUGCAGCGCCAAAAGGCCAUCCAGGAGAGGAUGAUGCAGCAGCAACAGCAGUUCAUGAAGUCCAAUCGAAUGCUCUACGAGGACGAUGACGAUGAGGAUGAGGACGACGGCGAUUCCAGCCCAUCAAAGAAGACACAAGACACCUGCGUGGCUUGCAAGUCUGGUAACACCUCGCUGGACAACCCACUUUGUGCCAUUGGACAGGUCGAAGGUUAUGGCAUCAUGGCGACGGCAAAGAAGAGAACGAUCGAGCACUACAUGGUCGCGAGCCCAGGCAAGCCCGUCAAGAAUGAGUACGCAUUGUCGCGCGAUCUUCAAUCAAUUGGACGCUACUUCCUCAGUGAGAGUUAUUCGAGCAUGUCACCCGCCAAAGUCAUGGUACUGUUUGACCAAGGCUUCUCGAUGAACGUGCGAUGCUGCGAUCAUCUCGUGCAUAGGAAGUGCUUGGACAACUUUGUGACCGACUGGAGCGACGGCUGUCGUUGCCCACUCUGCAACCGUACCUCCAACAUCCUGCUCGCCAUCGACACGGUUAGCAAGACCGAGGAAGUCCUCGAGCAGCUCUUCCUGACGAUGCUGUCGCGCGAUAUCUCUGUGCGCAACUCACCGACAGUGCUGGACGCGGGCGCGCGUCUCUAUAUCUGGAAGUUUCCACUGUCCAACAUCGAGACGCUGGAGCUUGUCUCGCGCCAAACCACCCUGUACAGCGAUGACGACACACCCUACCACGUGCUAAGCGAGACAGACUUCCAGAAGCGACUCAAGACUCUCAAGCUGCUGUUCUUCAACACCAUGUCCAUUGAGCUGCAUCCUAACCCUCGCCAGCAGCACAACCUGUUCGAGACCGAAAGCAGCAAGAGCGACCCAUUCGUGCUGGCCACCUACUCGUACUUCCUAGAUCGCAAACAGGACCCACAACAACUGAUGCGCAAGGCCUACGACCGACUCAUAUUCUUGGUGUUUGUCAACUAUAUCUUUAUGCGACUCCUAGCGCUACCUCCCCAUCCCAAUUCACAGACGGUCAUUGCUGUCAAGAAGUAUUACUCAACAUUCAAGAACUACCUUGCUAGCAAGCAAUCAUCAUUAGAACCCAACGACGACGACGAUAACAACAACAACAGUAGCAUCAUAGAUGAAGAUAUGGAUACAUCGGCGACAAAGGAAACGACAACAACCUCAUCAUCAACUACAACAUCAACAACGACAACAACAACGAACAAUGAUAAUGAUGGUGAACUGACCGUGCCAUUGAUGAAGAAGAUAGAGAAGGCGAUCGAGAAGGUCGUCAAUGUGUUCUUGCGCAAGGCAUACCUAUUCCAUCUGUGUCUGCUGACAGAUAUGAGCAAUCCAACUGCACCACUCAGCGAGCACGUCACCCUGCACACACUGGGCGAUGUCAAUUUCCUUCUGAAGAAGCUCAAUCUGCCCACAUGGAAGGAGUGUAUAUUACAGACAACAGCCGACUUCCAGUUGCUCAUGGGAUCGUCAUGGAAGCAGCGCGUGGUCUAUUACCUGCCACCCAAGCAACCCAAGUUCAUAGACCUGCCCAACAUCUUUGUUGACUUCUUCAUUGACAACAUCAAGAAGACAUGUGGAAACAAGUGUAGCAAGCUGCCAAAGGGCGUAUGUCUGCUGUGUGGCAAGUUGGUGUGCUAUGGCGCAUGCUGCCCAGACGAGUUGAUGUGGCACUCUCAUCAGUGCCAGAAUGUUGUGUGUCUGUAUAUUGGUAUCACUAGUCCAGAGGUGCAAGCCUAUGCCUCUGACAAACAGAUCGAGAAGCUCAAUGUUUACUUUGAUCAAUUUGGCGAGCCCAGCAACAAAGCCAAGCCCAACGUCAAGCUCAGCCAGACCUCCCUACGUAAUCUCUACAUCAGCUGGGUACAAGGUUUAUUCCAUGAGAAGCAAUUGCUGCAAUAA